UUUUUACCGCCAACCAAAAAUAACUUCAAAUUUUUCCUUAACUUUUCGCGGUCGCUACAAAAUUCAAAAUUUUCAUGAUAGCGAUUAAAUUUCAGACUUCAAAACCCUACUGUUAUUCCCGCUCCCUUCCAGGAUCCUGGGCUUCACAUCUCAGAUCUGUAAUGGCGGACUAGCGGACUCAAAGCAGAACCGCGUUUCAGGUACUCCAUCUCCACUCUCACAAAGUCUUUUUCCUCUCUCUCUCUCUCUCACAGAAACGGAAAGAUCUGGUAUUCUGUUUUGUCCGUUUGCCUCGGCGAUUUCUGUUUUCCUUCCGCAGAGUGGUUCUGUAUUUUUGGAGUUCAUAUACCCGAUUGAGGUAAUUAUGGUGAGGGAGCAGAGGAUUGAGUCGUUCUACUCGCGAUUACGCGAGUCGGCUUCUGCCUCAUCCUCGUCCCCUCUGCUCAUAUUCCCCUCCACUUCCGAUGUUGACUCACUUUGUGCCGCCAAGAUUGUUUUCCAUGUCCUUGAAUCGGAUUCAGUUCGAUACGCAUGUUACCCUGUUUCGUCAUUUAAGGAAAUUCACCAGUUCGCCGGCUCAAAUCUGUGUUCGUCGUCCGAUCAGCCUGUGUCAGUCCUUUUGAUUAAUUGGGGCUGCCACCGGGACUUGAGAAAGCUUCUCAAUCUAGGACCUGCAGCUCGCGUUUUUGUUGUGGAUAGUCACCGCCCGAUUCAUCUGCAUAAUUUGAGUGAUGAAAAUGAUCGGGUGAUAGUGCUCUAUACGCGGGAUGAUGAAUAUCAGGCUGAUUUAGCAUAUGAUUUCGACGUUUCCGCUUUGGCAAAUGCAAGUGAUUUGAACAGUGACGAUGAAUUCGAUGGUAAUUCGGAUAGUGAAAAUGACAACGGGAGUGAAAGUGAGGAGGAGAGAGAUGGGAGUGGAUCGAGAAAGAGGAGGAAGGUUUUAGAGGGAAGUGAAGAAGAUCCAGUUCUGCUUUUUCAGAAGCUGAAGAAGGAGUAUUACCAUAUGGGUACCUUUCAUGGAAAGCCCUCCGGGUGUUUGAUGUUUGAUCUCUCCCACUCACUGAGGAAGAACACAAAUGAGUUGCUUUGGUUAGCUUGCGUUUCUCUGACAGAUCAGUUCGUGCAUGAGAGGUUGACCAACGAGAGAUACCAAGCUGGGGUGAUGGAGCUUGAGCAGCAUAUAAACAGCUCAGGUAAUCUGGAUGCAAUUACUUCUGUUACCCUUAAAGAUGGAACAAAGAUUCGAGCACCCGAUUCUUCUAGAAUUGCAUAUGAAGAAGGGCCAAGAUUGAUGCUGCUACAGGAAUGGUCUCUGUUUGAUUCCAUGCUUUGCUCUUCUUACACAGCAACGAAGCUAAAGACCUGGAGUGAUAAUGGGAUGAAAAGGCUCAAGCUGCUUCUUGCUCGAAUGGGAUUUGCACUCACUGAUUGCCAACAAAAGUUUCAAUACAUGAACAUUGAAGUCAAAAGGAAAAUGAAAGAGGAAUUUGAACGGUUUCUGCCAGAGUAUGGGCUUACAGACUUCUACUUCAGAAGUUUUUUGCGCAUGCAUGGAUAUAGUUCAAGGGUUUCAGCAGCAGACGUGGUGUAUGGCGUCACUGCUUUGCUGGAGUCAUUUGUAAAAUCAGAUGGCACUUGUGCUUCCAAGCAAUUUGGAGUAGCUUAUGAUGCAUUGUCCUUGAGCAAUCUUGAUAAGCUGAGAAUGGGAAUGCAACAGGCAAUAAAUAUACAAAGGGCAAUUCUUCGACAAGGAAGCACAGCAAUAACCAAGACUGGUUCCAUAAGAAGUGGGAGGAAAUUCAGAUGGGUGAAACUCGAAGAUUCAGUGGACACAAAGCUGUUGGCAUACCCACAGGCUUUAACUAAAUUUUGUUAUUUCAUCAUGGACGCCUUGAGGGAAAAAGGAGCAAAAAUGAAGCCUUUGCUUUGUGCUUGCUUAUCACAGGAAUCAAACAAGGUAUUGAUAGUUGGAGUUUGCGGGAAGCCACGAUUAGGGGCUGUACAAGGAAAUGCAUUUGGGAUUGCAUUCAGAAAUGCAGCCGAGGAGAUUGGAGCUGAGUUCUUCCAUGAGCUGUUCGAGUCUUCAUGGAUAGUCUUGGAUGCUGUAGCUGUUAAUUCUUUCAUGAUCAGGUUAACCGAGAAACUCUGAUGUACAAUAACUCUGUUGUACAAUUUCUCUUGGAUUGUAAUGUGCUGUUUACAAAUUUAUGUCACACUUUUGUUAUUUAUGCUAACUGGAAUGGAUGUGACAUGUCUCAUGAAUGUGAAGGCUUGAUUGAUUUGUUCAGCAAAAA